AUGUCCCAGCAGAAAAUCUUCAUCACCGGCGCGACAGGCUUCAUCGGCCGCGUGGUCGCCGAGUUCGCGAUCAAAGACGGAUACAACGUCCGCGGACUCUCUCGCAGCGAGGAAGGCGACGUCCUCCUAAACUCUCUUGGCGCUACUCCCGUCCGCGGCGACCUGACGAGCCUCGACGUUCUCACCCAGGAGAGCGCCUCCGCCGACAUAAUCUUCCACCUCGCCUUCGACCACGACUUCACCAAGCCGUAUGACCAGAUCCUUGCCCUCGACACAGCCGCCGUGAACGCACUCGCCGCUCCACUCGUCGGAACCAACAAGCCACUCAUCACGACCGGCGGCACCGCAAUGGUCGCACCGGACCCGAACGGUAACGAGACCGACGAAACAAGCCCUCCGCCCCCGAAUCCCCUCAUCCCGCGGCAUCUCGCCGAAGAGAACGCGCUCUCCUGGGCCCAGAAAGGCGUGCGCUCGAUCUCCAUUCGUCUACCCCAGUACGUCUACGGCCGCGGCACGGCCAACGGAUUCGCCGCGCUGCUCAUCAAACUAGCCAUUCAGUCCAAUGAAUCGGUCUAUCUCGGCGACGGCGAGUACUGCGCAUCAAGCGUGCACGUAGACGACGCGGCGCGACUAUACUUCGCCGCGGCGGCUCGAGCCAAACCCGGCGAUAUCUUCAACGGCACGGCGAAAACCGAUACGACGUACAAGGCGAUCGCGACUGCGGUGGGCGAGGCGGCGAAGGUGCCAGUGAGAUCGAUUACAGCAGAAGAGGCCACGGGACGGUGGGGACCGUUCCUGGCUGCGUUUUAUAGCAUUGCGAAUCGAGCGUCGAACAGGAAGGCUGUGGAGCAGUUGGGUUGGAAGCCUGAAGGGCCGGGUUUGUUGGAGGAGAUUACCCAGGGGAGCUAUUUGGCGGUUGUGGAGGAGUUUCGAAAGGCUCAGGCGGCUGGAAAGCUGUGA